AUGGAUGGGAAUAUUUCCGAGCUGUCGGUUCACAGCCAUAGCGACCUUGCACAGUCCCACGAUGGAAGCACGAUGCUACAUUCUCGGGAACUGUUUGAUGUCUUCCCAAGAUCUUCCUUGGGGGGAUCCGUAAUGACUCUGGUGGACCCUGAACAUCGAGCCCCAAGGCUGGACCAUUCCUUUUCUGCACUUGGAUAUGGGGUGGACUCACCAAGCAGCUGUGGAAGCACAUACACCACGCUCACGCCACUACAGCCCCUAGAGGAGAAAUUCCACCACCACCACCACCAUCACCCAUGUUUGCCGGUCAAUAACGUUAUCGGGAGUUUUACGCUCAUGCGUGAGGACAGAGGCGUCGGAAAUAGUUUCUACAACCCCUAUGCUAAAGAUCUGGGCAUCUCUCCGAAUCUUUCUUCACCAUGUGCCGGGUCUGGUAUAGGGGCAGCCAUGCACGGCUAUGGCGGUCUGGCAAACACCGCGGACGUCGCCGGACAGCCGCUUCCCAGUGGAUACGAGGUACAUAGCGGCAAUGUCUUCUGCCGGACUGUGGACUUUGGGCGAGAGGCGUCACCUCAGGUGCUGGGAGACUCCAGCGUCGGUCAUCAGCUCAGCAAGGCAGAGAUGCCCCAGCACAUCCACAGCCACCACCCUCACGUAUACGCCGGCCAUCACUAUCAACUCCAGCCCAUGAGCCAGCAGGGUUCGAAAGUUGGGGAGCUCUGCUCCACCUCCCUGUCCAGCGAUGGUGCGAUGGCCUGUUCGCAGGGCGGCGGAGGGUGCGGCGAGGAAAUAAACACCAAGGAAGUGGCACAGAGGAUCAUCACAGAGCUGAAGCGCUACAGCAUCCCUCAGGCGAUCUUUGCAGAGAGGGUGCUGUGUAGGUCACAGGGCACGCUGUCUGAUCUCCUGCGCAACCCGAAACCGUGGGGCAAGCUGAAGUCAGGCCGCGAGACCUUCAAGAGAAUGUCCCGGUGGCUGCAGGAGCCCGAGUUCCAGAGGAUGGCAUCUCUGCGGCUGGAGGCCUGCAAACGGAAGGAGCAGGAGCAGAGCAAAGUGGAGCGGAACCAGGGUCCCAAGCGAACUCGGCUGGUGUUCACAGACCUGCAGCGACGCACCCUCACGGCCAUCUUCCGUGAGAACCAGCGGCCCGCCAAGGACCUGCAGAUCACCAUCUCUCAGCAGCUGGGCCUGGAACACUCCACAGUCAGCAACUUCUUCAUGAACGCCCGCCGCCGGAACCUGAACAGGUGGGCCGACGAAGGCCGGCCCUCCUCAACGGGCUCCUCCGGCUCCAGCAUCUCCUCCUCUGCCGUGUCCUGCAGCAAAGCCUGA